AUGUCUAAGUCUAAAGCUACGGUAAAGGGCAAAGAAGGGAUAGACAGGAGACUGAGAAGUGAGCUGAUGGCCUUGAGCAGUGCCUCUGGAUUGCUCGGACCUAUUGGAACAGUUGCCAGUAUACUAUUAGACUGCUUCGACGCCAUCAAGAGCCAGCAAGACUACGAAGACCUGGCGACGGACCUCGCACAGCUAAGCGAAUCACUCGUCAAGCGUUUCGGAGAAAAUACAUCAAACACAAUGUUCGGAUCAGUGGCGGGAAUUUCCAAGCAAAUGGCCGAUGAGGCGAUGGACGUGAAGAACAAGACCCAACAUGGAGUUUCGACUGGACGGUCAUUGAUAGAGGAAUCGGAUGAAGAUGAAUUAAUGCGACAUUGUAGGCGAAUACAGUCACUGUUUCGACAGCUGCCGAUCGACCUAAGCGCAGGCACCUGGAGCAUCGCGGAUGAGAUUCUUAUUGUACGCACAUGCACAUCUGGACGUUUUGCGACGAAGCCUGUGGAGUCGCAAAACAGCGACUUAGCCGGAGAAGCCGGCGCUACCGAGAAACAACACGACUAUAAGGACUCAACGACCGAUCUCGCGGUGUCAGUAGAGUCGGCCACCGAAUACUUCAAGCAAGAAGGAUCGUAUCGGAGGUUUCGUUAUAUAUCUGAGAUUGCCAAGGUGAUUGAAAAUGAGGCGGCACGGAUGAAGAUAAGUAUGGGGCCUGAUGCCCUAAUUAGAGGACCAGCGACAGCAAAACUGGACGAGGAGGAAGUAAUGCAACACUAUCGGCGGAUAUGCUCGCUAUUUCAGCAGCUGAAGAGUGAAUUAAACGCAGCCACCUGGUGUAUGGGUAAUGAAAUGAUGGUUAGCACACGAGCCCAACAACUAUACCCAGCCUCUGAGGCAGUAUUCGACUCCGCGAUUUCCAGUGACAUAGGCAGACGCACAUGCACCGAAGGUACACGAACGCAAGUCCUAGAUGACCUUGCCAAAUGGGCCAGCGACCCGGAUGCGCCUUCAGUUUUUUGGAUGAAUGGUGUGGCAGGAACAGGCAAGACAACCAUCGCGACCACCUUCUCGCAGCGGCUUGAGCACAAUGAUCUACUGGUUGCCAGCUUCUUCUGUACCCGGAAUUCGGCCGAAUGUCAGGAUGUGAAUAGGAUCGUACCGACGAUUGCAUACCAACUGGCGCGGUAUUCGCCUUCGUUCCAGCGUGGGCUGUGCGACAGCUUGGGCGUGGAUCCACGAACAAGGUCGGGAAUAACAGAGGAGUUUGAACUCCUACUCACGGGGCCACUACAGGAGAUGGACAAGGCAAAGAUCAGAAGCCAGGUGGUAGUGAUAGAUGGCCUGGACGAAUGCAAAGACCGGGAAGUAAUAGGUGAAAUUCUCGAGAUGACGUUCCGUUACGCUUCACAGUUGCCGAUCAAGUUCUUUGUGACAAGCCGACCGAUACCAGAGAUAGUCAGAAUAAUGGGAGCACACCCUGGAUCUUCAACAGUUAUGCUGCUUCACGAUAUCGAGACGCUACUAGUCAGUGCAGACAUAGAGCUGUGCCUGAGAGAAGGGCUAGCGUCCAUAUCUCCUGAUGUAUCGGACGCAGUCAUCAAGUUGCUUGUAGAAAAGUCGGGAGUGCUAUUCAUCUAUGCAGCGGUCCUUUUGCGACUCCAUGCUCCAGCUGGAGCGAACCGGUUGAUCCAAUGUAUAUGGGGAUAUGACAAUCAGCCGCAGGAACCCAUCCAUGCCGAGACUAUUGCGAUACUAUCCAAUACUAAUGACCAUCGCCGCGUGGAGCAUGCACUCAGCUUGCUUCUUCCUAUUAUAAGAUAUUCAGAGUCUACUCGCCUUGCGUCCACGCUUCAUAUGUCCCUCCAGGAGUUCGUCUUCGAUCAGAAAAGGUCCGGGGAGUACUUCUGUAAUGUCGUCGAGCAGAUUCCAGUAUUGGCGCGCCGUUGCUUCCAGGUCAUGGAGGACCAGCUACGAAUGAACAUAUGCGACCUACCAUCAUCGUUCGUCCCUGACGACAAAGUCGAAGACCUGCAGGACCGAAUCGAGAAGAACAUCUCGCCCGCUCUGGCAUACGUGUGCCGCAAUUGGGCGAACCACCUUCGAUUAGCGCCCCAGUCGGACGAAUUUGCCACGACACUCGGUGACUUUCUCUCACACAGGCUACUGUUCUGGAUCGAGGUCCUCAAUCUACGGGGCGAGCUAUCCGUCGGGGUUGCAGCAUUAUUGACAGCUAAGAAAUGGCUAGCAUCCUUAGAUACUGCUUCCUCCCGGCGAGGAUUAUCAAUUUUAAUCGAGGAUUCAACCAAGUUCAUCAUGGAUUAUGCCUCUACUUUAGCAUCUCAGUCGACACCACACAUCUACAUCUCGGCACUUGCUCUUUGCCCUGGGCGGAGUACGGUAUACACGAACUACUGGGGUCGGGCGCGGGGUUUACUAGAACUGAGGGGCAGCCUGAUGGAACGUAGAGAGAUGGCGGGAGUGGUGGCGGCGGCUACCUGGAAUACCACAUCGUCAGUAAUCACCCUUGCCUAUUCACCGGACGGUAGUCGAGUUGCAGUCGGAUGCGAUGAUGGGACCGUCAGUAUACGCGAUGCAUACGACGGGACCCAGCUUACUGAACCAUUACGAGGCCACAUCCAUCGGGUCAACUCGGUGAUAUUUUCGUCCGAUGGCAGACAUAUUGCAUCUGGAUCGGCUGAUUGCACUAUUCAACGAUGGGACCCACUUAAUGGCACUCUUAUUGGCAGUCCAAUGAAACACACGGAGGCCGUUGUCUCUGUUUCUUAUUCCCCCGAUAACCAACACAUCGCUUCGGGUUCCAGCGACAAAGUCUGGGUGUGGGAUGUAUCUAAUGGUACGCUCCUGCUCGGCCCAUUAGAAGGUCAUGGCGGUUUAGUCAAUUUUGUGUCGUUCUCACCUGACGGCACUCUCAUCGCCUCUGCCUCCGCCGACCAUACGAUGCAACUGUGGCGCUUCCCCGAUGGCACCCCCGCAAGCUCCCCAUUGCAAGGUCAUACCGGGGGCGUGACAUACGCUGUGUUCACUCCUGACGGCUCUCGACUUGUCAGCGCAUCCUAUGACGGGACGAUUCGUACUUGGAACGUGUUGGAUGGCUCGCCUAUUGGUCUUUUAUGUCAGGAUAUUGGCCCAAUCACCUCGAUGGCACUCUCACCUGAUGGCGGGUCCAUUGCAUCUGUUACCAAAUGGGGCAUGCAAAUCUGGAGGGUCGGUGGUGAAAUGCUUGUUACUGGUCCACUUGUCGGCUCCGCUGGCCCCGUCAAAUACUCACUGGAUGGCACUCAACUUAUCUCCUGCUCUUUGGAUACCGUCCGAUUAUGGAACGUGCGGGAAGGCGUUUUGCCUAUUCCCACGCCGUCGAGGCGUUUCCCGUACCCGGUGGUGUCUUCGUCAUUUUUGCCGGAUGGUACGUGUGUGUCGUUGGGAUCAGGUUCCACGAAUCAGAUCUAUGAUCUCUCUGAUGGCACGUGCCAGGUGGAUUUGAAUUAUGUCGCACCACUUGCCUCUUCACCCUCCCAUGACUCGUCCCCGGAUGGUUCUUAUAUCUCCAAUACUUCAGAUGGCACAUUGCGGCGGAUUUUCUCGCACGACAGCCGCUCUAUCAUCAUGGGCUUUGUAGAUGGCGUCGUCCAAGUCCAGUCUCUCGAAGAUGAACGUCAUAUAACUCGGCUGCUUACUACUCAUAUGAACUCAGUCCAAUCAAUUGCCCAGUCUCCCGAUGGCUCCCUUGUUGCCUCCAUUAAAAAUGAACGCUUCGUCGGCCAGAGCUUGCGCAUCUCAAAUUUGCUUUUGCUCUUGCUAAAUUUGCAGUGCUCUGAUGAUCGUGAUUCCACUUCCAUCGAGACCUAUGUUAACCCAGAUAUCUAUGCCGGGUGGCACAGUCGCGAGGAUGGCUGGGUAGUCAACAAGAACGGUGAUUUACUUUUUUGGUUCCCACCCGACAUACCUUCCGGCCUCACUCCACAUACCUCAAUUGUUAUCACACAGUUUGGGACAUUGUUUGUACCCAAGCAGAACUUGUGCAUCGGCGACCAGUGGUCUCGAUGCUAUAUCGUGGAUUGA